AGACUGCAGUGGUUCCAUGUGCGAUCUGGCUCCCUUAACCACCAGGCUACACGCAGGCCCCACGGCUCACAUCUCCAGAAAUAGUUACUCAGCACACAAGUAGUUAUGCACAUCAUCUCUCUGUUUUCGCCUGUAUUAACAUUAGUGCAUUUUCUGCGCUUCGUCUUCAUAUGUUAAUGAACCUCGGCAAUGCUUCAUGAAUAUAGAAAUCAAUUUCCUGCCUCUGGUGAACCUCAGAAGCCCCGACUGAAAAAAGCGCCAGAGUUUCCUAUUUUGGAGAAGCAGAACUGGUUGAUCCAUCUGCACUACAUCCGGAAGGAUUACGAAGCCUGCAAGGCUGUUAUCAAAGAACAGCUUCAGGAGACUCAGGGGCUGUGUGAAUACGCUGUGUAUGUUCAAGCAUUGAUAUAUCGUCUCGAAGGAAACAUCCAGGAGUCCCUGGAGCUCUUUCAGACAUGUGCUAUUCUCAGCCCCCAGAGUGCCGAUAACCUCAAGCAAGUGGCCCGGUCUCUAUUUCUUCUGGGCAAGCACAAGGCUGCUGCCGAAGUAUACGACGAAGCAGCCAAGCUCAAUGAGAGAGACUGGGAGAUCUGCCAUAACAUGGGCGUGUGCUACAUUUACCUGAAGCAGUUCAACAAGGCACAAGACCAGCUGCACCACGCCCUCCAGCUCCACAGGCAUGACCUGACCUACAUCAUGCUGGGCAAGAUCCACCUGCUGGAAGGACACCUGGACAAGGCCAUCGAGGUCUACGAGAAGGCAGUGGAGUUCUCACCGGAAAAUACGGACCUCCUUACGACUUUAGGAUUACUGUACUUACAGCUUGGCGUGUACCAGAAGGCGUUCGAACACCUUGGAAAAGCGCUCACCUACGACCCCACCAACUACAAGGCCGUCCUGGCAGCAGGCAGCAUGGCGCAGCUCCACGGGGACUUCGAUGUCGCACUCACCAAGUACAGAGCUGUGGCCAGGGCUGCCCCGGAGAGCCCUCCGCUCUGGAACAACAUCGGCAUGUGCUUCUUCGGCAAGAAGAAAUACGUGGCGGCCAUCAGCUGCCUGAAACGAGCCAACUACUUGGCACCCUUCGACUGGAAGGUCCUGUACAACCUGGGCCUCGUCCACCUGACCAUGCAGCAGUACGCGUCGGCCUUCCACUUCCUCAGCGCCGCCAUCAGCUUCCAGCCCGCGAUGGCAGAGCUCUACAUGCUCUUGGCAGUGGCUCUGACCAACCUAGAAGACAUCGAGAAUGCCAAGAGAGCCUACACAGAAGCCGUGAACCUGGACAGGUGCAACCCGCUGGUCAGCCUCAACUACGCCGUGCUGCUGUACAACCAGGGUGACAAGGCGGCCGCCCUGGCCCAGUACCGGGAGGUGGAGCGGAAGGUCGGCCUGCUCGAGGACGACAGUGCCGUGGAGUUCGAUCCCGAGGUGGUAGAGACAGCACAGAAGUUGGGAGCCGCUCUCCAGGUUGGGGAGGCGCUGGUCUGGACGAAGCCGGUUAGAGACCCCAAAUCCAAGCACCGGACUGCCUCAGCCAGUAAACCUGCCGGCUCCCAGCAGCCCCUGGGCUCCAACCAGGCUCUGGGCCAGGCCAUGUCUUCAGCAGCUGCGUCCAGGAGGCUCCCCUCAGGUGCUGGAGGACCGUCCCUGCUCACAAAGCCACCGUCUCUUCCUCUGGAGCCAGAGCCUGCUGUGGGCCCGAGUCCAACCAAAGCAUCAGAACGUAGAGAAAAAUAGGAGCCAGCUGACCCUAGGGUAGAGGUUUCUUAGGUGAGAGGUACCGGGUGAGCACGCACGGGACCCAGGCCAAGUGGAGGCCAGUGCUGCCCGAGCGCAGGGGCCUGGGGCUGAGCACGAGCAAGGAGCGCAGGCCCGUGCACCUGCACUGGGUGCACCAGCAGGAGAUGAAGGCAGCGCGGACAGCUCCUUUCCAGAGGGGAGCUGGGGCUCUGGUAGGAGGCUCAGAGCCAGCAGGUCACAUGAGCAGACCCCCCCUCCCCGUGCGGGGGAGGCAGAGACGGACCCUCUGCUCCAGCAAAGCUCAGCCGACCUGGGCAGCCCUCGGGCUGUGCGGUCUCAGGCCCCAAGGCAGAACGCAUCUUGGGCUGACACUUGGUGUUUGUGGCCUAGAUUUAAAAGGAAUAUGAUGGAAAAAAGCUGUCGGUUGAGGCCCAGUCUGGGGACUUGCCCAAAGGGAUGCAGAACCUUGUUCCUGAGCCAGCUCCCAGGGUGCAGCAGGGAGUGGCGGCCAGGGCUGGGCUGGUGUCAGCUCCCCGGACUCAGCUGAGGGUACGUAACAGCGACCACUGCCAGAUGCUGGCAGCACAGUGAUCACCUGUGUCAACCAUCACUUUUUGGUAUAGAGAGAGAUCACAAUAAAAACUUUUUAAAAGAA